AUGGUCGAUUCAAAGAAACCUUCAAGCUCAUCAUCAAAGAUAGAAGAGCAAAUAUCUUCUCCGCAUGAUACAGACCCAAUACCAAUGAAAACUUCAGGUUCUUCUAGUAAGAUAAAAGCGAUACAAGCUGAGCUUAAUGAGUUACUCAUAGAAAAGAAAAAGGCGGAUGCAAGUUUGGUAGAAAUUGAGUUCGUCAUUUAUAAUUUCGAAGCAUCAUACUUGAAAGACACUCAUAACGGGAAAGGAAAUUUGCUACGUGGCUUCGGCAAAGUGUCAAAAAGCGCACUCGAUAAGAACAACCAGAAAAUAUUCGAAAUCAGGGAGGAGGAUCGAAUUUUUUCUAGAUCUUCGUGA